AUGGAGCAACAAGGACAUCAAAGACAUAGAAUCAUAAAUGGUUCACAUGUUUACUAUGGAGAUGUAAUUGGACCAUUUGUACCAUGGAAUGUUAUUAGCAAUGUUAACUAUCAAAUGAUGAGUGUUCCUUAUGGGUCUCAUGGUGGAAAUCAACUUAGGAGGAGUAUCCCACAAAUAUAUGCUCAUGUUGAAGAUGGACACUUUAUUCUCAAUGAUCAAGUCAACCAUGUUUCAACAAGAAGAUUCAUUGAACCUCAUACACCAUAUCAUACCAAUCUUGGAAGAAACCAACCUAGGGUGAGUACACAAGAUGUCUUGCCGGCUAAUGCUUAUGUUCAAGAUGGUCACUUGAUUCUUCAACAAAACAACAUAAACCAAGCUUUAUUAAGAAGAGACAUUAAAGCUACUCAAACACGUUCUGUUACAAAUCUUAAGAGAAUUACAAUUGAAGAUGGAACGACAAAUUCUGAACAUAUCACAUGUUCCAUUUGUCUUAUGGAACUUUCAAGUAGUUCAAUCGCUAUUCAAUUGCCUAGUCCUUGCUCACAUGUGUAUCACGAAGAUUGUAUUAUGAGGUGGUUUGAUAGAUCUAGGACAUGCCCUUUGUGUCGUAGGUCUGUUUUGUGA